UCGGCAUUUCCUCCAGUCAUUCUUUAAACGCGUCUCCAAGGGAUGCAGCAAAUUAGAAAGAAUUCUGUAACUACAUCGAUCUAAUGCAGUUGCUUUUUUAGCUGCGAAAAUUCCCUUUAAAGACGCUGCAGGUAUGCGAUAUGUUUUUCUCCGGUCAGGGUGCAUGUUGGUAUCUAGUCAGAGCUGUAAAUAGAAGCACUGGCAGCUGUUUAGCCAGAUGUCUGUCAGGGGCUGCUGUCCAUGCAACAGUGAUAUUCAGUGCACCUGACAAAAAUGUAAACAAAAGGAUUGAAGUUGUACAGAAUGACUUGACAAAGGAAAAUGUGGAUGCAAUUGUUAAUGCUGCAAACUCCUGGUUGAAACAUGGUGGAGGAGUAGCUGGAGCAAUUGUUAAAAAUGGCGGAUAUCAAAUUCAAACUGAAAGUGAUGAAUACGUAGCUAAACAUGGCCCCAUAAAGACUGGUGGGAUUGCUGUUACCAAACCUGGAAAUCUUCCUUGUAAUAUCAUAAUCCAUGCAGUAGGUAAGUUCAGUUGUAUGCUUGGGAUGGGGUGGUCAUGUUAUUUCAAGUUAAAGCAAGUUCAAAACAGCAGGAUUAUAUUUAAACACCAACUCUUUGAUUUGAUAAUGCUUCCACAAUUUCAUUCAUUCUCUUGAUGUGGAAGAAAUUCCCC